CAGUUAAAAGCCAAUAACGAAAUUUUCUAGAAAAGAAAAUAAAUUUCUAUAUUUUUAAGUUUUAUAAAUACGUUACUUUAGCAAAUAACCAGUCCAAAUGUCGUCUUUUGGGCCUGGUGAAUCUGUAAAUUCAUACAAAUUGGCACGCUUUAGCCGCCCCAUCCGAUAUAACGACCCCAUUGUCCAUGGGAAGCAGGAGCAGUGGUACUCCAUCCGUAAACCAUUGGUCGAUUACAUUCGCGAUGAUUUACACGACCAAUCACGUCGUUUGUUCUAUCAACGGGUUUUCAUUGUCGCCAAGAACAAUAUGAAAGUGGAGCCACCAACUCCACCUCCGUUGCAGGCAGGGCGAUCAUCCCAAUCCAUUCCAUCGAUGCGCAUGGAGCCGGCCGACUUUAAGAUGUUUUUCCAACUGGAAUUGCAACGAAUUCUCACGCGCUAUGCCGAAGAAAAUGUUUUGGGUGUUAAACCUACAGGCUUCUUCUUAUACAUGGGCGAAUAUAGUUUGCUAUUCAUCGAGUGCGCUGAGGACUCCGUCGGCAGUUUCUGUGCUCAUUUAAGUGCACUGGCUGACAGAUAUUUUCUUGCAAACAAAGUUUUUCUCACCGAAGAUCGCACAGCAGAGACUUAUUUUCAGACGUUCCAUUGCCGUCGGGCAGCAUCAAUUAACAUCAAUGAGAAGUUUCCGGCUCACACAACUACCGACGUUGAGCUCAUGAGUCAACAACACUUGACGAUCAAGCAGAAAUUGUACGCGUUGUGUGAAGCUCUAGAUGAAAAAGUGAAGAGGGAGCUUGAAACUGCUAGCCUAAAAGGAUCGGUUAAUGCAAAAGUAGCACUUAGCUUGGUGAAACCCACUAUAGAUACGGAAGAACUUUUGCCAGCAGCCAUAUUCAAUAAACUCCUGCCUGAGGUGCAGCGCAUCGAACUCGUCCUGUCGUGCAACCGAUUCUACUGUAACGUACAGCGUCGUGCGCUCAUGUACAAAUCCAUACCAGCCGAGUUGGAAGCCAAUUUGCUAACUUGGCCCAUACCAUAUAAUUACACGCCGUUGGGCGUGUUCCGACAUUCACCAUACGACGUCAACUUAACUUUUACUGACCAUGGCAAAAAAGAAGAGAAUGAUAAGGAAAAAGGUAGCGACUCAGAGGGAAGUGAGCAGAAAGGCUGAAAGAUGUUUGAAUAACUUUAAAUAUCAACUGCCAACGAGUGUUGUAGUUUUGGGAAUUCAUUAUUUACUUGUAAUUUGAAUUGUUCGUGCCUUUCAAGACACAUUGAGCAGCUAGUGACGGUAGAACAAAAACAAGAAGACCAUUUUGUUUUUCCCCUUAGGUCGUUUUCGGUCCCUAAAAUGUCAAAAUCUAUAAACAUAGAUUGAACUUUUAGAAAAAUCUAAACAAAAUUUGGCAAUGUAGAGACCAAAUAAAUAUAGGUAAAUCCAUUCGACUGCUUCACUGCUGCAAUCUAUGAUAAAAAUAUAAUAAGCCAGCAUCGGUCUCUCAAUUCGUCGGCCGUAAUUUUUUGAAGUUUUCUGCAAGGUCUGCAAGUCCAACCUAUUAAAGGUGACAACGGUAGAAUAUCUGAUUUGUUAUUUGUUUUUUUCGCCGGGCAUAUGAGGAUGCCACCAUAAAAUGAAAUGACGAAAAGUCGGCUGUUUACCGUCGUUCGUCCUUUUCUGUUUCUUUUCGGUUUCCUUUUAACGUGACAUUUCUAAUGU